UGCCAGUCGUAUCGUAACAGUGUGCACAACUAUAUAUGUUCUUAAGGGCUUUGUGUGAACGACGAAACAGUCGUCUGACUGCUUGUCUUACGUGUGCGGUAGCCCCUUAGCGACAAACUGUAGGCUAUACAGAAACAGUAACAUACUCUCAAUCCUGGUGAUCGAAAUGGCCAUGUAACGUAACUUUUUACAAUUGUCACAUAGCACGACAUCAAUGAGGCAGUGACUUUCAUUCAUCGAAAUUGGUAGCAGAAAAUGGCGUAUGUGAAUGUAGCAGAAUGGAAACCAGAACAAGUCACUGAAUGGCUGAAAGGCUUAGACAGUGCUGUUUUUUUAUACAUACAUUCAUUUCUAAAUAAUGAAGUUAGUGGUCAGCAGCUUCUGAACCUUCGGCCAGAUGAUCUUGACCACUUAGGUGUUCACAAAUUAGGACAUCAAGAAUUAAUAUUGGAAGCUGUGGAACAUUUGAGGAAUUUUCACUAUGAACUAGAUCGAGAGAAUCUGCAGCUGUUGGCCCUGAGGUUAUCGUGCCGUGCACAUAGUCUACACAAUGAACUUUGUCAGGAAACUGAUUCACGGCCUGUCAGCACACAGACAUUGGCAGAUGUUGCAAAUGUUAUAACAGCCGUAAAACCACUUGUCUGCUGGCUUGAUAGGUCUCCUUUCUCUGGACAACUUGAUUAUCAGGACAGAAAAAGUGAGCUGUUGAAACUCAGUCUAGCAAUAGCAACAUGUGCGCAGAGGGAUCGUUUUGCAGAGCGUCCUGUGGAGGAGAUUCGGACAAGUUGUAAAGAACUUGCUCGAUUGGCUGACAGUAUUAUCCAGGACAUUGUGGAUCCGCUGAUACUACAGCCUGCAUCAUUAGAUCUGGCUACUCUAAAGAAACGAGCAGGAGAUGAUUUGGGCUUUUUCAUCUUACCAUCUUUCCAUGGUGUACAUCAAAUUGGUGAGAUCAAGUUCAGCUCACCUGCUCACCAGUGUGGGAAAAUUGAGGAAGGAGAUGAAGUUGUACAAGUCAACUACCAGACAGUAGUGGGUUGGCAAACAAAGAGAGUUAUGGCCCUGUUUGAAGAAUCCCCUACUAAUGUUUUUCUGACAUUGAAAAAACGUCCACAUCACACUAAAGUGUACGGUCAGAUCUACAUGAAACCAUACAGGCUGCCCAGUAAGAAGAGAGCAGCACCAUACACUAGAUGGCAUGACAAUCUUCCAUCACCCAGACCUGAAUUGCUUACUAUACCUGACUUUGAGAUACCGCUGCCAAGAAGUGUGCCCAAGCAGAUGGCCCCACAACCAGUAAUGGAGUGUGAGCCCCUUGCUAGUAACUCUAGUUCAGAUGAUGAUGAUGAUGAUGAUGAUGAUGAUUCAUUUCUGCCUGGUGUACAAGAUGAGGGGCAGACAUCCCCAACCAGCAUGAGACUGUACUUACCCAAACCACGUGUAACAGUGCAGCGUAGGGCGACAGUUACAGGUGCUAGCCCAACCAACAAACGUCCACCUGUCAGCAUUGAACAGUUUUGGCGAGAACUUCGUCUGGAACGACAGUGGAAGGACAUUGGUCCCUCUGCUGGGGGAGAAGAUGUAGAGGGGAGGAAGGAUGAACUUUAUCAGUUACGAGAUAAGUCGGCUAGUUUCGGAAAUGAUUUAUCAGUUUCGCCCCCUCCAAGGCCAACAACUUGUCUAGGGAUUGAAAAUACAUGCAACAGAAUGAAGACUGGAAAGAAGUUAAGAAUACUAGAGAGCCGUAAUGACACACACAUAGUUGAUGACUGUGAUGAACUUCCAGGUAGCAGUAUGGAAAGUAUCAAAGGGAGUACUCUCAGUGGGAAAGACCCACCUGGAAGAGAUGAAGAACGAGCAGAAGAAAUAGGAAAAGAGGUUCAGAAUAAUAAAAGACUGUCAAGUCAGAAUCAAGAAGAUUUUCACAUCCAAUUACAGAAUGAGGCAAGGGAUAAUGAAAUUUUGCAUAGUGGCAGUGUAUUGUGCAUAAAUAAUAAUGCAGAUAAUUAUAUACCUAAAAAAGAAGAAAAUCAAGGCAUUGGUUGCAGUGAGAGGUGUAAUGACAAGACAAGUGACUCCUGCCUGAAUGUGAGAAUAGGACUUGGUAAUAAAGUUACUGCAGCGCGUAUUUUGGAUGAAGAUGAUGUUCCUAAAAGUACUGUACAGGAGAUAUUGGUGGACAAGUUACACUCAGCAUCAGAUCAUAAUGAUGAGAUUCAGAAUGAUACCAGGGACAGAAGCACACGCUUCAGUUUUCAGAAUAAAUCAGUACCUGACAGUGAAACUGAUGAGAAUAUUUUGAGAGUUAAAGGUGGAGGUUAUGAUUUACGUAAUGAUUUUGUCAAUAUAUGUCACACUGUGGAAGAAGUUGAUGAGGUUCACAGACGUAAAAGUACUACUGUUCCUAAUGAAAAUACAGGUUAUGUUCACAAAGAACGUGGACGGUUAGACAAGAGCUACAGUACUCCAGCAUAUGAUCUUACAGAUUGUGAUCAAAGGUUGGACAUAUGUUCUAAGGCAUAUCAUAUGGAAGAGUGGACAAAUUGGCGUGUAUCUGAAAACAGCAGUGCUCUUCCAAGCCCCACAUCGGACAGUUCCACACAUUCAGCCUUCCAAAUAGAGAAGCAAAGUCAACCAGUAUCAGAGAGUGAAGAACCAUCUGAGACUGCCAUUAAUACAAAUCCUGAAUUCUCAGAUGUCAGUACUCAUGAUGGUGAUUUGUAUAGCCUUGAAGAUAAACAGACUCAAAGAAUUGGUGAAAUACUGGAAACAAUAAAUAUUGCUUUGCUGCAGCAUCGUCUUAAAGAACACAGUAACGUUAAUAGAAUGAGUAAAAUCAGAAGUUCAGUUGAACAGACAGAUUUGUCUUCUCACAAGAUAGCUGAUGGUUCAUAUCAUGAAAAUUCAAUUACAAACAAAAAUGAAAUUUCCUUGAAAGCUAAUAAUCAAUUAUGUGUUUGUAGUAAUGAAUAUACAAGUUCACUUAAUGUUGUGCAUGCACCAUUUCUUGAAGAUACUGACAAUAAAGAAUCUGAAAUACUGGUGGAGAGCAAUUUAGCAGGCUCAUUUCAAGAACUAGAAACACCAUUGUCUGAACAGAUAUGCACUACAUCAGAUCUUUUUACGACUGAGAGAGGGUCAAAAGUUUGGCAGAAGGCACCAGUACCUCUAGUAAAUGUUAAACAGCCACAGAAUGAAGAUAAACAACACACAUAUGCAGAUGAAUCAGUGAUUCCCAGCCCUCAGACAGGUGUUUCACAUGUAAAGAUACGUGUUACUCCGCCUGAACCACCUCCCAGACCUGAUCAUUCCAAAGGUGGAAACAAUAUGGGCUAUCGAGCAAUUAUGGCAGCACGAUCACUUGGCAGAAAUACCAAUAGCAAGAAUUCUGUUGUUGGUGGGGGACAUGCAUCGUUUCCUAGUCCUCGAAGUUUGAGGAAGAGGAAUGUGCUGCUUACUAAGAAACGUAACGUUAGUGUACGAGAUUUGGGGGUUGGAGACCAUGAGGGGUGGCUGCUUCAUCGGUGUAGAUCUGGAGGUGCAGGAGCUGUGUGGCAGAGGGCAUGGUCUGUCCUGAAAGGCACAGUAUUUUAUGGCUUCAAGACACCACAAUCUACAAAGGCAGACAUCAUGAUUUCCCUUCCUGGCUUCACGGCUUCAUUGGCAGAUGAAGUAAAAUCGAGAAAGUACGCUUUCAAAGUGUAUCAUACAGGUACAGUAUUCUACUUUGCUGUUGAGUCGGAGGAUGAACUGUCAGUAUGGAUGGAUCAUAUAACAUUGGCUACUUUUAAGCAGGAUUUUACCAAAUCAGGACAAGAGUCUGAAGCUGUGUUUUUCAGUGAAACAGAUGAAGAAUCAGAAACUGAUAUGGAAACAGAGACGUGUUUUCCAAGCCCCAAGAUGAGUAAAUUUGUUGGUUUUCUUAACAGCAACAAUUCACAGCAACAUGAAAAGCAGUCUUCUAGAUCUCACCAGAACUUGGCAACAGAAACCAAAAGUCAAGAAUCACAAAAAAAGUUUGGUUCCCUGCGCAAGCUUGGUCGAAAAACAAAUGAGCAAAAUGGUUCUUCUACAAACCAGGAGAUAUCUGGAACAGUGGCAGCAGCUUCAAGUCUAGAUAGAAAAUAUUUGCCAUUUCUUGGGAGUAGGAGCAACAGACUUCCUGUUCCGACUUCACAGUUCCGCAGUUACCGGAAGGUUCCAAAUGGACCUGCACCCACACCACUGAAUAAAGCAAUAAGUGAUGGACAGAAGCAACCAAAUAAGGCAGCAGGAGAAGGAUGUGUACAAAGAACUGGUAACUUAAUAUCUUCUGUCCAAGAUCCAUCAGUUCAUCCCAGUAAUGAAGCUUGUAAUGUAGCACCACAACAGAAGGUGCUAAAAUUAACUGGAAUAAUCCCAUCAAGUUCUGGCUUGUUGUACCAAAGUGCUGAGAGUGUGCCAACUUUAAACUCAACAUCAGAGAAAGAAUGUCAGACUUCGCAUGACAUAAAGCCAUUGUUAGGUAAUGAAGAUGAAAGACAUCCAUCCUUAACACCUGUUAGAGGAGAAAGUAUGUUCAAACCACUUCCUCUUCCAAUGCAGAGGCAUUUUAAAACUGAUUUCCGAGAUCGUCAUGUUCAUUCAUCAAAUCCAUCUCUGCAGUUGCCAUCAGAUAUGGCAGAUUAUCGACUGGCAGCAGAAAGGUUGCGAGAGUUAGGAAUCCGCAGAAACAGGCAGAGAGAGGAUACAUCAGGAUUUGUAACAUUGAAGGAGUUUAUGUUGUCGAGGCAGGAGGAGGAGAGGAAGCAGAAUAGCAAAACAACACAGAGACUACAGCCUGCAGGAAACAGUGAAGUAUACACAGGGUACACACAAGAUCCUCUAAGCAACAUGGAGACUUCAGGCUCUUCUCAGAACAGUUCCUGUUCUUCCAUUAAAUCAAGGCAUGGAGGCUCCACACCAGCCCCAUCUGUGACCAGAAAGGGAAGUUUCAAUAGCUCUAAGAUGUGUCGGAACAACAGUAGUGACUUUUCACAAGAUGGUCAGUGCAGAGAGUACAGGGAUGGCUCACCAGAAAAACUAUGGAUCAGUUCUUUGCGACGGAAUGAUGACAUAACUAGAAAACCAUUUCAGGGCUCCCACAAAAAUUUGACACCCGACAAUGGUUCAUUGAAUACAAAUUGUUUGAAAACAGCAGCACAGUAUGAACCCCCGCCAGUGUCACAGAUCAUAGCGGGUUCUAGGAAUGUCCACUCCAGUGACGAAGCACCUCGUAUGAAACUUGCCUUUGAGAUGCAUUUAGGCAACAACAGGAGUCCAACAGGAUCAGAUAAGGAAAAGGAUUCUCCACCAUCAAAAUCUUCCAAAUUCCGGAACUUCUUCUCCUCAACAAAAUAUCAGCACCAAAAACAUAAAUUUCUGGAACUACCUGGGUCUCAUAAAUCUCACAGAAGCCAACACAAAACAAUACUCGGGUCCCCACGAUUGCAUAAGGCCAUCUUCAGGGAUAAGAAAAACCAUGGCCCCAAAAGCAGCAGUAACAGUGACUCAAGCAACAGUUCAAUAAGCUCACCAGUAUCACCACCAGCAUGUGAAUGGAUGACAGAUGAAUAUGGCAGUCAAGUUGAUCCCAGUAUGUCCCAAUUGAAGCCAACAAUGGGAAUAUCAAUGAUUGGCAAAAAAUCAAGUCGUCACAUUCUGUCCUCUUCCCCUUCUCCAAUUAACCCACCACCUGAUUAUCCUGGUUUGGAGUAUCCGCCUGUUUUUGAACCUGAAACAUACUCUCUAUCUGUUGCAAGUAGCCUGUUACGCUCUCGACAGCAGUCACAUGACCAUUCAAAUGCAAAUACUAAACUACAUACUAUUCAGUCCCAUAACAACAUAAGUUAGAACUGAGUUGCAUGCAAAGGAAAGUUGCCAGUGUGUUGCCUUAUUCUGAUCAUUGCAUAAACUUCUCUACAGUUUAUUUUAAGAGUUUAUGACUUCCAUAAAAAGUUAUGGCAUAAUGUCUCCAUCUGAAAGUAAGUUAUUUAUUUUUGUAUUUUAUAGAAAUUAUUAAUUAAUAGCUGUCCUGAUUCACUGGAAUACUGAAAGUUCAGUCAUUUGUUCUGUUACUCCAGUUUGUUUGCCUGUUUGGAGUGAUCUUAUUUCUAUAGUUAAGAUACAUGGAAAAUUGAUGAGACUAAGUACAGGGAAACAUGGUUUUGAGGUUUUCACAGUAACAAGUAUUAGGAUGGGUGUCUUCUGGGUUGUAGUGUCCUGUAGCCUGCAAGAAGUUUACUGACAUUUCAGAAGUAUGUGCUAUCUCCAUGAGUAAGCCUUGUGAGAGAAAUUGAUCUCAGGUGUAGGAACCAGCGAGUCAAGAGAG